ACAUUGGCUCUUUUAGCUGGGGCAGCAGCUAGCGCCCUGCGUGAGAACAGCGCGCGGCUGCAAGCAAGUGCAAGUCUCUGCAACAUGCCGUAUUAUUACUCUUAUUGGUCAGAUUAUGUUGAACAAUACCGUAGGGCACAGCGGCUACAGCAAGAGAACUCCAGACUGUCCAACGAGAAGCGUGAACUGGAGAGGCAACUGGCCGAGAAGACGAGGGCUGCUCAGGUGUCCUCGGCCCAGGUCUUCACACUGGGCCACAAGGUGCGAGAGCUGGAGCGCCAGAACACCAGACUGUCCGGUGAUCUGGCCAAGCAAAGGGACGACACCAGGAAGGGUGGCCUGCUGUUCAUGAGUGCCGCCGAUAGGUACCAAGAGGAAGCCAAGAAGCAGAUUAGGGCAAAGGUAGAGGAGUUGGCGAACACGAGGAAGGCAGGCCUGAUGCUAAUGGACACUGCUGAUACUUAUCAAGAAGAGGCAAGGAAGCAAAUUAAGGAGAAGGCGGAGGAGCUUGAGGACGCGAGGAAGGCGGUUGUGGCGCUCAUGAAAGCAGCCGAUGCGUACCAGCAAGAAGCGAAGAAGCAAAUUAGGGAUAAGGUGGAGGAGCUGAAGGUCAUGGGGGCGCAGAAGGCGGAGCUGGAUGAGAGGGUAGAAUCUUUGGAGUUGGGGCUCAGGGCAGCUCUGGCGAAGAACCGGGAAUUGGAGGAUGAAUAUGGUAAGGUGAAGACUGAAAAUGAUAAGCUUCGGUUGGAGGUUGAGAGGUUCAUGAUGGAAUUAGGUGCAUUGGUGGAGGAGAAAGAUGCAGCUGCGAAGGCAUUUGAUGGUGGGAAGGAUGAAAUCUUGACGGAAUUGGAGGACUCUAAGAUCAUGAAGGUGGUGGUAACUCAAGACAAUAAUAAUUUGAUAAAGACUAAAAAUGAUAAGCUUCAGUUGGAUGCAUUUGAUAGCUGAGCUUAAGCAGGAAAUAUAGCUUGCUGGAAAGCAGGGGCUGAGAUGCUCAACAUGUAAUUAGAUUCUUCAUUGCCUCAAGAGAAGGAUGUUGAAAUGAUGAGGCAAUAAGGAUGCCUCAAGGGGAACCGGAGGAGUUCCAAGUCACCAAGGGUUUGGUGAAGGGGUGCAAAGUUUGGUUAGAGGUUUUAAUAGCAGAGCAUAAUCUCAUAACCUGCGAAGCUGAGGUUGAGAGGGUUAAGAAGAAUAUUUAGCACCUUGAAAACAUUCACAUCCUCUUUUUAGAAGAAAAUGGUGUUCGAAAUGGGUUUACAUUCAUAACUAAACAAAAAUUGUGAGAUUGCUUAUCAAUAUACGUGGAGCAUAAUUAUCUAUCG